AUGAAUUAAUCAAAUCUCUUGUACCAACAACACAACUUUUCUCCAGUACAAGAGUUGUAAGCUAUAAAUGAAAUGGAGUAUGAAUAAGAAUAUCUGAAUACUGGUUUAAAAGGAACAUUCAAUAGUCCAAACUGUGUGAUUAAAUCCCAAUUAGACACUCGUAGAACAAAUGAGGUUGAUUAAACUUCUAAAUAGGCUUUACUUCCAGAAUGGACAAAAAGAGCUUAGCGUACUGGUGUUAGUUUAAUGGCAUUCUUUUUUGUGAAACGAUUUGUAUAGAAAAUACGCAGUCAUCGAUAAAAAUUACAAAAUAUAAAUGAAAACCAUUUAUAAUUGAUUGAUGAUUAGGGAUCUGAUAAGUAAAUAAACAAAACAACUUUAGUUAAGUUAUGUUAACUUAAAUGAAAUUUGCAAGUCCAGUUUUUUAAAUUCGUAAUGUCUCACGACUUUUUCGUUAGCAUACAUUAGUAAAACCUGAGAAUCCUGUGUACAUAUCAAUAAAAGAGAAGUAUUUACUAUUAAGGAAAUACGGAUAUGAAAAACUAUCAAAGAUUCCUCAAUUCCAUCCUGAAAGUCAUAAUAAACUGAUGUGGGAUUACUUCAUAACUUUAAUUAGAUUAAUUUUAUUGGUAUUAAUACCUCUUGAGAUUGCUUAUGCUCCUGGUAUUUUGUUUGAAUAAGUUCUGCCACUCACUACUUUACUUUCAUCUUUAUUACUUUUUGAUGUGAUAAUAAGAUUAAAUACAAUAUGUUAUGUAAAAGGACAAGCUGUUUUAGAUCGUUUUGAAAUAGUACGAUAAUAAAUAUUUAGUGUAUUAUUUGUAGAUUUAUUAACUCUACUUCCUCUAUUCUAUUAUUGCAUUUAUAAAGGAGAAUAAAUAUCAAAUUACUAUUUAAUUAUUUUGCUUACUUCCUUGAUGCAAUUCAAACAUAUUAAUGAAGUGAUACAAAAGAGCGAGGAAUCACAGUACUUUAGUAAAUCUUAGAAAGGGAUCAUCAGUUUAUUGAAACUUAUUUUAACUCUCAUGUAUAUUUUACAUAUGUUUUCAUGUAUUUGGUAUUUUAAUUCAAAUUUGAGUCUCGAAGAGUCUUGGAUUCAAUUCAAAUAAUUAGAUUAAUAAACAUGGCAAGUUCAAUACUUAGAAGCAUUCUAUUUUGCUAUAGUUACAAUGUUGACAAUUGGAUAUGGAGAUAAUAUUCCUAAAAGUUCGAAUGAAAAGAUAGUGGCAAUAUUUUUCAUUAUGGGAGCAUGUUUGUGGUUUAGUUACAGUGUAAAUACGAUUGGUAUCAUUAUAAAGGAAAUUAAUCAAAAUAUGGUAGAGAGGAUUAAGAAAAUUAGAGUUAUAAACAGAUACAUGCAUAAAAGAAAUAUUCCUUAUGGACUAUAAUACAGGUAGUUACAUCUUCAAUAGAUUUUAGAAUUCGAGAGUAUCUAAAUUUUAGAUGGAAAGAAGAAGCUGAAAUUGAUCUAUAACAAGAGGAAUAACUCUUGGCUGAAUUAUCAGAAGAAUUGAAGUAGGAGUUAAGGCAAUAAUCAAAUAGUGUAUUUUUUAGUCAUUGCUCCUUUUUAUCCAGUAAUUUUAGCCUAGAAUUUUAGAAUGCUUUAUCAUGUCACAUCACUCGUACUAUAAUACAACCCUAAAAUGCAUUUUCCAUUUUUACUCUCGGCAAUAUUAAGCAGCCACAUCUCUGUUUUAUCGAACAAGGUUAAUUACAAUAUCUCAACAGGCAUCGUCAUUCGCUCAAAGGUAUUCAAUGUUAAGGACAAUUCCUUUAAGUUUAGGAUUUUGUUUCUGAAAAUGAAAACACUCAAAUAUUUUAAGCUAUCGGUUAUGUUAGUCUUUUAACUCUUAGUAAAGUAUUAAAUAUAUUUUAUUAUUAGACUGAUUUUCUUUCAGUCUUAAACAACUUCCCAAAAGAUUAUCAGUAUUAUUGUUAACUUAAAGACAAUAUAAAAUUGAAUGUUCAGAAGAAAUAAUUACCUUAUGGAGUCUAUUGUGCAGCUUGUAAGCUAUCUGAUCAUGAUCUCAUUGGAUGUCCUUAACUAAAAAUUACUAUUGACAGAGAGGUUGUUGUCAAAAGGCAUUUAUACUCUAAAGCCUAAGAAAGAAAUGAAUGCAAAAGAUCCUAAAAAAGGACUAAAGAUCUAUUUCAAACAUUGCCUGAUUUAGAAAUUAUCGAAUAAUUCACACUCUAUUUUCAAAACGAAAAAUAAAAAUUAAUCAAAUCAUAAUUGCAAUAAUAAUUAGUAUUUGAAUAAGAAGUUGAUGAAAAUCCUAUGAAAUCUGAUGGAAAUAUUUCUCCUCCUCCUACUCAUGAGCCCCAUUAAUAGAUUCUGUUAAGAAAACAAGACUCCAUUUUACUUUCAUAAAACUUUUCUUCCUCUAAUAACUUUCCCCCACAACCUAUUAGUCCAAUACAUAGCAUGAUUCAUUCACAAAAUCAUCGACGAAAAUAAGGCAUUAUGGAUUCAUAAAGCUCAUAUGAUUAUAAUCUUUCAGUUAAAAGAGGUUAGAAUCAUUACGAUUUUGAUCUUAAACCACCUCCCUUUAAUAAGUAUACAACAGCAAAAUUAUCCAUGUAUAAAAAAAAUUACUUGAGCAAAUUUCAAUCACAAUAACCAUAAUAAUCUUAAUUGGAUGUUGAAUAAAAUUAACAAAUAGAUUUUAAUGAAAUGAUGCAGCAGUAAAUUGAAUAACUCUAUCUAAAAAUGAGAAAAUCUGCCAUUAAUGAAUAACUUGAAAAUUUAAAGUCAAUUUUAGAUGUUGAAAUGCUAUAUCUCAAAUUUAAAUCAGAAUAAGGAUUAGAUUAAUUUGAGAUUGUUAAAAACUAUGAACUUUAUAUGGUAAAUCACAAUAUCAAUAAGGUCUUACAAGAUUUAAGAAAUAGAUCUAUCAGCCAAUUUAAUUACAUGAAUAAACUUAUUUGUUAUAUGUACUAUCCAUUUGAGUAUGUUAUGAAAUUUCAGAAGCUUCAGUAAAGAGAACGUUCACUAAAAAUUAGCAGAAACCUUCCUCGAAAACCUGCUCUAUCUAUAUCCAAAAUUGUUGAGCUUAAAAAUGUAUUUCAAAGAAAACGUUUCACUCCUCGUAGAAGUAUUAAGAUUAGUUAAGUAAAUCCUGAUGCUGAAGUAUGA